AUGAUUCGCGGCGGAAGAAGCUAUGUGACUUCACCUCCGUCGUUCUCCAACGACGCCAAGAAGCUUCUUAUCUGCACAGGGAACACUGUCUCCGUUUUCAGCGCCGCCACUGGUUUACAGAUUACUUCCCUUGAGGGUCACACAGCUCCAGUGACGACUCUGAUUGUUGUUCCUCCGUCGAGCGCUGCUCAAAAAAUCCUGUGCUAUUGCUGGACUGCGUCUCUCGAUGGUACGAUUCGGCAUUGGGAUUUCUCAGGACCUGAGCUUUUGAAAACCAUCGAUGCUCAGCUUCCGAUUUACUCUAUGGUCAUUCCUUGUCUUUUGAGUGAGCCUCAACAAUCUGGCAAGUUAGUUGCUUAUGUCUCUGUUGAGUAUACGAGUGGUGAGGGUAAAGAAGGUUCCAAGGAGUUGCGUGGACACAUUCGAAGAUUUAACCUCGCGAGACAGCGUCUUCCUCGCGGAGAUACUCUAAAAGAGACGGAAGAACCAAAACAUAUAGUGAUCAGUCCCUCUGGUGAGUGUUUCGGAAUCUUGCACAAACGCAAGAUACAUAUAUGGGAUGUUCCUUCAGGAGGGUCGAGGAAUGCUGUUUCCAAGAAGAUGACGCUGCAUCACUCAAAGACUAUCAACGCUUUUGCUUUUCAUCCCACGGAGAGAAUCAUAGCUGCCGGAGAUGUUACUGGGAGAGUGUUGAUUUGGAGAGGGUUCGGCAACCGGAAACUCGCCGCCGCCUCCGGUGAUCGAAAGAGAAACGCGAGAGCGAUGGCUGAUUUGGACAACCCUGGGGUGAGAGGUGACGAUGAUGCCGAGUCUUGCACUACGUGGCAUUGGCACUCCGCUGAAGUAAACGUACUUAACUUCUCUUCCGAUGGAGCAUAUCUGUAUUCAGGGGGAAGAGAAGGGGUACUUGUCGUUUGGCAGCUAGACACAGGGAAGAAGAAGUUUUUACCAAGAAUAGGAUCUCCCUUGUUGUAUUUCGUGUGGUCUCCAGAUCCAACUCUUUCUUCUGUAAGUCGGCGUUUACUGUUUCAACCUACUGAAAGCAAAAGGAAGUGUUUUGGUGACUUUACUGAUAACAAGAGCUUGCAGGUGGUUUGUGCAGAUAAUCAGAUCCAUUUGCUUAAAAUGCCUUCCAUGGAGAUCUUGAGAACCAUUUCUGGAAUCAAGCCUCCCCCAUCAUUGCCUAAUAUGUAUGAAGGCUUGGCAAGUACUGUUGCUUUUGAUCGAUCUUCUGGCGUAGCUGCUUUGUGCACAGAGAAUUACUGUGUUCAGCUUUACAAUCUUCUUAGUGACCGGGGAAUUUCAGAGAUUCAAGUUUGUGAGAGAAACCAUCAACCAGGAGAUGACAUCACAGUUGUGGUGACAGCUGUUGCUCUCUCCCUGGAUGGCUCGGUGAUGAGUACAACCGAGGUGAAACUCCCGGAAGAAGGCAUAGGAGGCUUAGUGUCACUCAAGUUUUGGAUGUCUGAACCAGACAACAAAACGUUCACCUUAUCCACAAUCGUAUAUGAACCUCACAGGGAUGCUAGUGUCUCAGCCAUUGCCUUCCACCCUAGUGGUUCCAUGGCAGUUAGCACAUCCUUAGGUGGAGACUUCAAGAUUUGGCUUUGCAACAGCAACAAGAGCUGGAUAUGUCACGCAGUUGGCUCUUAUAAGAAAAAACCAAUGACUGCUGCUGCUUUCUCUGGGGAUGGCACUGUUCUGGCUGUUGCGGCUGAGAAUAUUAUCACGCUUUGGAAUCCGGACAAGAACAUUCUCUUGGCUGUUUUAGGAGUGACUCUCACGCCAAUCACAAAGCUAUGUUUCGUGGGGGAGUCUGAGUUCCUUGUUGCUGCAUCAUCCUAUGUUCAGAAACCUGAGUUAUCUGUUUGGGAUACAUCAAAGCUAUCUUUAUCAUGGUCAUAUGCAUUACGCGUAGAAGCUGUCACUUCUGCAGUGGACUCAUCGACUUUUGCAGUCUUGGCUCUAAUCCCAAGAAACUUCAAGACGAGUAAAUCUAAAAAGGAUGUCUUCACCGGUAGAGAUGGUGCCAUUCUCUUGUUCAACGGAUCAGAUCCUAAGCCGGUAUCUAUAUGGACCGUGAUGAAGGCUGAGGGAGGAUCAAUCUCGUUUAUAGAAGGAGACAAGUCUCAGCUUCGUCUUGCAUUUGUAAAUGGAAGCCACGAGUAUGUUGUUUUCGAUCCUAGUAGCGAUGAGACACACGAGCGUAGCGCUAUUGACUACGAGGGUCUUGCUGGUCACGAAGAGACAGGAGAUUUCGGGUACACAUCGCUUUACGGGCAGCUACCAGACUACGACAAGAAGAGAAUGGAGAAUGUUGAGUCGUCUGCAACACUGUACGCAUCGUCAGAGAGACCAUGGGAGACGAUAUUUAGUGGUUCAACCCUAAAUUUCCCGCCUCUUCAGAAAUUGUGUACUCAGUUCUAUGAGUCACUAAUGGAGAAAAUAACGGCCAUUGCGGAAUGA